ACUUGCUACUGGUUUGGAAAUUUUGUGGAUCAAGUCUGGCAACCUCUGCCCCAGUCCUUGAGCCAGGACCGCCGUUGCUCUGGCUCCAGUGCUGGCUCGGGUUCCUCGGGAUGGCUCGCGCUGAUGAGUGCUGCAAAGUGUCGGUGUAAAAGCUCUGCGCCCUGCGCCAUGGCUUCAACCAGCCGCCGGUGCGUCCCCGGUCAGUGCAAACGGCUUUAAUGCACAACAAAAGGCGUGUAAAAUGACCCUCCGUGUUUGAGGAAGACGGCUUAGGUGCAGGAGUUUGCUCAGAUUUGAGGAUGCGCUCCAAGCGCGGAUUUUGCGCGUUUGGUUUGGCCUUUUUACUCGCAGCUGUACUUCUGACCCUUGUUGAGAUUGCAGAAACUAAUGUACUGAAUGAAAGUACAGGUAGCUCUCACGAGGGGAAUGUCCGGUACGAGAUUGUUCAUCCACAGAGAGUGGAUUCAGAUGGCGGUUUUAUCUCAAACCUCGUAUCCUACCGUAUGAGUCGACUCCGCCGGAGGCAGACGGGGGACAACGUUGAAAGCCUGCCCAAUGUUUUCUACCAUCUACAAUACAAUGGCGAGGACUUGCUUUUCAACCUCACCCUGAAUCCAUAUCUUCUAGCUCCUGGUUUUCUCACAGAACGGCGCGCAGGUGGACUUCGGGGCUCCACGUUACAUUCUCCUGGCAAUUCUCUGUGCUACUUCCUUGGCGAGGUUUGGAGUGAGUCAGCUGCCAAAGGUCAAGCAGCUGUGAGCACCUGCGAUGGCUUGACAGGGCUGUUUAAACUCUCCGAGGAGGAAUUCUUCAUCAGGCCGCUGGAGCAGACCCACAGAUCAGAAGAUCCACAGGCUCAUGUCAUCUACAAGCGACAUACUAAUGAGCACAACAGCCAGAGGGUUCAGCCUUUAUUUGAAGGAAAAACAUUCAACGGGACCUGUGGAGUCAAAGAUCAUGGUAGAGAGAGACAAGUCGUGAGACAGCGAGAGCGCUGGGAGAAACGCCAUCAUCGGAGGAGACAGCGCUCCAUCAGCAGGGAGAAAUGGGUGGAAACUCUUGUGGUUGCCGACCCAAAAAUGGUGGAGUACUACGGCAAGGAUGGAGUGGAGAGCUACGUUCUAGCUGUCAUGAACAUUGUUGCAGGGCUGUUUCGGGAUCCAAGCAUUGGAAAUGCUAUCAAUAUUGUGAUUGUGCGUCUUAUUCUGCUAGAACAAGAUGAGGAAGACUUGAAAAUAACUCACCAUGCAGACAACAGCCUCAGCAGCUUCUGCAAAUGGCAAAAGCACUUGAAUAUAAAGGGAGAUGAACAUCCAGUCCAUCAUGAUGUGGCUGUUCUACUUACAAGGAAAGACAUUUGCGCUUCCACCAACAAACCAUGUGAGACGCUGGGGCUCUCCCAUGUGGCGGGAAUGUGUCAGCCUCAUCGCAGCUGCAGUAUCAACGAGGAUACUGGUCUGCCACUGGCCUUCACCGUAGCGCAUGAGCUGGGACAUAACUUUGGGAUUGAACACGAUGGCAACAGCAAUGACUGUGAGCCGAUUGGGAAAAGGCCAUUUGUCAUGUCUCCUCAGCUCCUGUAUGGAACAUCUUCACCCAACUGGUCACGGUGCAGCCGCCAGUACAUCACGCGCUUUCUGGAUCGAGGUUGGGGCUGGUGUCUGGAUGACCCUCCUGGGAGAAACGAGCUGGACGCGCAGUCUGUGCUACCUGGCGUUCUGUACAGCGCCGCCCACCAAUGCCGCCUCCAGUAUGGCUCCGGCUCGCUGCUCUGUGAUGACAUGGACAACGUCUGCAGCACUCUGUGGUGCACCGUGGCCUCCACAUGUCACUCAAAACUGGACGGAGCAGUGGAUGGCACCAAGUGUGGUGAAGACAAACGGUGUUUAAAUGGCGAGUGUGUGUCAGCUGGAUAUCAGCUGGAGAAAGUGAACGGUGGAUGGGGGCCGUGGAACGAGUGGUCGUCCUGCUCCAGGACGUGUGGCGCAGGAGUGCAGAACUCACACAGAGACUGUGUUAGUCCCAUCCCAAAGAAUGGAGGGAGAUACUGCCUUGGGGAGCGCCGCAGAUACAAGAUCUGUAACCGAGCGGCAUGCCCUCGAGGCCAACCCAGCUUCAGAUCUAUCCAGUGCAGCAAGUUCAACAGCAUCCCUUAUAAGGGCAAAUUCUACCAAUGGAUCCAGGUCAAUAACCGAAUAAAUCCAUGUGAACUGCAUUGCCGCCCAGUGAACGAGUAUUUCUCAGAUAAGAUGGUGGACGCAGUAAUUGACGGAACCCGGUGCUUUGAGGGAAGUCAGAGCCGAGACAUGUGCAUUAACGGAAUCUGUAAGAGUAUUGGCUGUGAUUAUGAAAUCGACUCCAACGCAGUUGAGGAUCAUUGUGGAGUUUGUCAAGGCAACGGGUCCACUUGUGAAACCGUGAAGAAGACCUUUGAGGAGAGCGAAGGCCUGGGCUACGUAGACAUCGGCUUAAUUCCAGAAGGAGCACGGGACAUUCGCAUCGAGGAGGUAGCCGAAUCUGGGAACUUUCUGGCUUUACGCAGCAACAACCCAGAAAAGUAUUUCCUAAAUGGUGAUUGGACAAUCCAAUGGACUGGAGAAUACAAAGCAGCAGGGACGGUGUUCAUGUACGAGAGAACGGGACAGCUGGAGAACCUGACUUCCCCUGGACCAACUAUGGAACCUGUGUGGAUUCAGCUGCUCUUUCAGGAGACUAACCCGGGCGUGAGGUACCAGUACACCAUCAGCAGAGACGUUCUGAACGAGUCCAACAACAGAAGCGCUGUCUCUGAUUUCCAGUGGAAGCAUGGAGCAUGGACGGAGUGCAGCGCCACAUGUGGAACAGGUGUCAAGAGACAGGUUAUGCAUUGUGUUGAGCGCAUGUUUGGAAUUGUGGCGGAAUAUUACUGUGACCCGUCCACUCGGCCUGACGACAAUCAAGUAAGCUGCAAUGCUGGAUUAUGUCUGGCCACAUGGUGGGUUGGAGAAUGGCAGAAGUGUUCAACCAGCUGUGGGGGAUCAGGCUUGACUAAGAGAACACUGGUGUGUAUUAGGAGUUUGGGGCUGGAAAAACACGAAGCCCUUCUUCCGUCCGAAUGCCAGCACUUACCUAGGCCUGAGUCGAUCUCCCGCUGUAACGCAAACAUUUCCUGUCCUGCUCACUGGACUACAGGAAACUGGUCAGAGUGCUCUGUGAGCUGCUCAAGUGGCAUGCAGACCCGUGAGGUGUCGUGCAGCUGGGACACCAUGGCCGACUGUGAUCCUAAAGCAAAGCCUGCUUCUGUCAAGCCAUGCAAAGUUCAAGACUGCCCAACAAACCCGGACAUUAUUGACUGGUCAGGAAGUGGCUCAUCAAGCAGAGAAGUUUUCAACGAGAUAAACACAAUACUUGAAGAUAACCAUUUACCAAAAUCAGCCAAGGGAACAAUCAGAGUUCAGUCACGAGAAGACAAUCUCAACAGCAUAAACGAGGGCGACUUUUUGUAUCACAAUCAAAUUGAUACGGACAAGUCAUUCAAAACCAACGUUCUGGUUGAUGACUUUUACUAUGAUUACAACUUCAUAAAGUUUCACGAAGAUCUCUCAUAUGAUUUUGACAAUGAAGGAAAUGGUGCAUCUGAUUACUCAGGAAUUCAUUUGAAGCCGGAACCAAAACCCAGUCUUAACACAGUUUACAAUGAAGAAGCAAAAGCUUCUACAACUACCUCAUUUGCAAGCCAUAUUAUGGUCUCUCCAACUAUCUCCACCACUGAGAAUCCUCGUUUUGACCAACCGGAUGAGAGCGUCUCCGAAGAUGAUGUCCUUCUUUCAGAGGAUUACUUCCUACCUGUUGUUACAACAGCCAAGCCACGAUCUACUAUCACCAGAUUCUCUCAAAAACGGAAGGGUUUAAACUUCCCAACUCAGAACUUUGACACUAUAUGGAGCCUGUUACAAACGGAUGAGGUACCAUCUGAGGGAACACCAACAUCAGAGAUUCAUACAGACAGUAAUGUAUCCGAAAUGCCUGGAAUUCAAAAAGACAAUAAGGGCAUGGCUAAAAGUAAUGAAAAGGGUGAGGAGAUACUUAGUCAAAUGGGUGCAAACCAACAAGAAGUGUUAACACAGCAAGAUCUUUAUACUAAUGAGGAUACAUAUAAGUGGAAUAUGGAUCAAACUGUAUUAACACAACUGUAUUCAACUGCAGAACCAUUGACCUUCAAACCGAAUGAUGGUGUUGGUACAAAGGUUGAAAGGAGGAUCACGACUUCAACCCCUUUGCCUGCUUGGAAAGAGACCGGUUACAAUGGGUUUAUUGUUUCUUCAUUGCCUUGGUUCAACGAAUACACUUCUUCUGUGCCAUCAGCACAUCCAUCUCAGGGUCCUGACAGUCAGCUUCAAGCUACCACUGAGCCUGUUUUUGUCUCCUUGGUACCAUCUGCCUCAAAUGCCUUCUGGAUUACCAGCAACUGGAGCUUUUGUUCCACCAGCUGUGGGCUUGGUGCCAUUUGGAGGUCGGUACAUUGCAGCACAGGGAAUGACUCUGACUGUGAUAUGGCGAAGAGACCAUUACCGGCAAGACGCUGCCACCUCAGGCCAUGUGCCAUAUGGAAGGCAGGAGAGUGGAGCAAGUGCUCGAAGAACUGUGGAGGAGGUCUGAAGGUGCGGGAGAUCCAGUGUUAUAACAUGCGGGAUCAGAGGCCACUGAGGCCUUUCCACUGCCAGGCCACUUCUCUCAGACCUGUCACCCACCUAUCCUGCAACAUCCAGCUGUGUUUGGAUUGGUACACUUCCUUAUGGGGACAGUGUUCGGAGCUGUGCGGCGGAGGAGAACAGCAGAGGAUGGUCAGGUGCCCUGAAGAAGGGAUGUGUGAUGAGGCACAGAAGCCCAUCUCAAUUCAGCAAUGCAACUCUCAGCCCUGUGCACAGUGGGUCACCGGAUCCUGGGGUCAGUGCUCGGUGUCCUGCGGUGGAGGCGUACAGCACCGUCUCGUCAAGUGCGUGAGCGCAAAGGCAGAGCAGGAAAAGGAAGCUGAGAAGGACAAGGAGGCCCAGUGUGAUCACGAGCGCUGGCCAGAGAACACGCGUCAGUGUAACCUUCACGAUUGUGAUAGCAUCACUUCUGGUCAGGAGUGUUUACGUGACCGUCUGACCUUCCACUUCUGCCAGAAGCUCCAGUGGCUCGGCCAAUGUCAGCAACCUGCGGUUCGAUCGCAGUGCUGCAAAACCUGUGGGCCGGGAGGACGUGGUAAUGAGCGAGCCACCCGCCGCUGAGACAUGAGGAGGAUCUGGGAGAACUUUUUGACUUCCUUUUUUUUUUUUUUAACCACACGCUCACUCAUACACACCAAAUCUAGGACAAGCCUUAACUAAAGCUCUUUGUCUCCACCGACCUGCAGGAUCCUGUCGAGGAAACCGAGGCUUUAUCCGUUAUUACAUCGUAGAUAUCGUAACUUAGUCUGUGUUUUUAGCAUUGAUGAAGCACCUCAGAUGAAUAUCACAGCGUUUUGAAGAUUAUAACAAAAGUAUUAAAUAAUACUGAGUCACUAAUUCUAGAUGUUCAAAAAUUCUGAGGAGUGGAAUGAAAACCUUCACAGACAUCGAGGAUUUUGCAUAUCGCUAUGUAAGAUGAGAUGAGAUGAGAUAAGAAGAGAUGAGAUGAGAUGAGAUGUACCUAUAUUAAUCUCCCAUAAUGGAAAUUCAAGAAGAGAAUAAGGAUAAGAAGGAUAAAAAGCUUAUAAGUCAAGCCCCAAAAUCAUCAUCUAUCCUAUAACAAUAAAUAAUUUUUUUUUUUUGAUUAUUUAAUCUUUAUUAUCAGUUGAACUGACGUAAUCCAAACUAUAGUCAGUAGAUAUGUUUUUGUUUUUUUUUUUUACCACCAUCUUCGUUUUUCACUUAUGAACUUCUAGAUAAUCAUGUAGUUCUGUUUUCCUAAACUUCUUACAAAAUGAGCUACAAGUUCAAACAAUGUUUUCUGCUGAUCGCAGCUAAUUAAUGUAUAAACCUCAAACCCAAAAUAAAAAAAAAUCUUGGUGCUAUGGGCCGCUUUAUGGCCCAAACUCAAGUCAUGGGUUUGUGGGCCGGUGUCUUCGUCUACUUGAAGAAACAUAAAGUUUUACAUUGGUACUUAAAAUCAAUUGGGAAAAUGACGCCUGAAUGAUUUUUGUGCCAUCGUAUCGUUUUCGGAAAUUUGUUCUGAAUGGUAAAGGAGCUUUAGCGUAGUUUUGGUCUUGAAAGUAACAUUUUAUGACAUUUUAUCCUCAGGUGAGGUUAUCAGGUUUUUAAGGAAAGACAUUACCAGUAGAAUAAAUGAGUGUUACGGUCACACCAGUCAUUUUUCAGAUUUCGGAAUAAAAUGUAUAACGUGUACUCGUAUACUGUAGUAAUAAAAAGGUCAAAACAACAGAAAAAUGUUAAUUUAAAUGUUUUAUUCUACUCACAACCACACAUUAUCUGAAGUGAUCUCCGCCCACUUCACAAUUAUGACGUGUCAUAUAUCCUAGAAAACUUUCUUUCCUGAUACGUCAUUUUAUGAUUUAUUCAUGUACAUUUCAUAUAUUAACCAUAGUACAGGGGGCAUGGUAGCUUAGUGGUUAGCAUGUUCGCCUCACACGCCUUGUGUGUGUGGCGUUUGCAUGUUCUCCCCGUGCCUCUGGGGUUUCCUCCGGGUACUCCGGUUUCCUCCCCCGGUCCAAAGACAUGCAUGGUAGGUUGAUUGGCAUCUCUGGAAAAUUGUCCGUAGUGUUUAUUUAUAGCUUAUUUCUAUCCCUGAUUAGAAACCUCGUACAGAGGAAUGUCCUAAAAAUGUUUUUAAUAUAAUAUUGUACUGGAAAUAGCAUAAAAUAAUUUAUUUGAUCAAACAAACAAACAAACAAACAAACAAUAAAUAAAUAAAUAAAUAAAAACUGUUGCAGUCUAUCAUGCAUAUUUAUUUAUAUGAAGCCUCAUUUGCAUAAAUAGCUGUAUAGUGUUGAAUAUGUUUCACUACAAAAUUUUAAAAAAGCAAAAAAGCUUUAUCUAUUGUAAUAAAUAAGUAAAUAAAUAAGUAGAUAGAUAGAUAGAUAGAUAGAUAGAUAGAUAGAUAGAUAGAUAGAUAGAUAGAUAGAUAGAUAGAUAGAUAGAUAAAGCUAGCCAAAGCCAAACAAACCCUUAGAAAUAGCUUUUUUGUAUUGUCUUGCCUUUAUUUAAGGUCAUUUGGUAAUUGUAUGGUAUUUAUGUCAUUAUAUAUAUUUUAUAUUCUAAUAUUUGUAGCACAUUUGCAUGUCCACUGCUAAUAAAGUUCCAGGAGGCUGUAAAAAGCUUUUUAUUUGUCUCUAGCACUCACGUCUACACUCGUGUUUACACUUUUGUAUUCAUAAUUUUAUAUCUGUCUGUAUGUUUUUUUUAUAUCUUAGCCUUUAAUCAUUGUGCUUGCUAUGUAAUUAUCACACAUCUGCUUAGUUUUAAUCUUUACACACACACACACACAAACACACACACACCCAUGGCCCUAUGCACAUAGACGCUAAAGAACCCUCUUUACUAUAUGUAUACUGGAUAAUUAUAACUGCUUCAUGUGGUAUUUUUAUAUCUUUAAAUUGGAAGGUGUCAUACUUUAGUUCACAUUUUCACCACGACAUUUUCAUAAGAUCUCAUGGCCUUAUCAGCUUCAAAGUGUUUUCACGCCUGCUGUUCCAGCGCUCAGAUCCCCUAAAGAGAGAAGUCCGGCCUGUAGAAAAAAACACUAAUGAUGCUUCCUUCGCCGACAGAAACAGUCCCCUUGCUUGAUGCUGUGGCUCAAAUCUCAGCUUCUGUUACGCACUGUGAAUUUGAAUUAACCCCCUGAACGAAGACACAUUCUUCUUGGCCUUGAGAAUGUCUUAUUUUAACAGGAUAGAAAUAUAAACAUUGUUUUGAAUAUUAAAUGUGGGUAUUCAAGAAAAUGCCUUUUUUUUUCUUGGUACAGAUUAAUUGUUGUACUUUGACCAUUUUGCCAUCUUCAUUUUCCUUUUUGUUCGGAUGUAAUACAAAAAUCUCAGUGUUUCCUUUUAUCUGUUUUGUUA